AGUCUGAAGUAUGGCGGCGUCGGAAGACGAGACGUUUUUCGUUGUAAACAACAUUCCCGCUCUGUUCCGAUCCGCAGAGCUGAGGAACUAUUUCAGUCAGUUUAUCGAGAGUAAAGGGUUCGCGUGCUUCCAUUACCGCCAUCGGCCGGAGCUUCGCGUGCAGGGCGCGGGGUAUACCGCGGUAAGUAGCGCAAGCAGCGGGCGGAGCGCGGAGGGGAAAGCCGCGGGCUCGUGCUGUUGUGUGGUAUCGGUUCGCUCUCGGGAAUCAGACAGAUUCGUGAAGAUGUACUCGGGGAACCACUGGAUCGACUCUAAAGGAAACUGGCUGAGAAGAAAGUGUUUGAUCCGGAGGGUCAGAGUAUCGGAGCAGGCCGAGCAUAAUUCAUUCCCGUACAAGACAAAGGCCGAGAUGAGACGGCACGUCGCCCAGUCAGAGCAUUUCACGCUGUCGGACCUCAAGGGCCUGCCGGAGCUCAAUCCGCCCUCGCUCAUGCCGGUGGGGAACGUCGGCACGCCUGUGUGCGUUUUCCUGGAGCUCAUCCAGUCCUGCCGUCUGCCGCCGCGGCUCAUCCGCAAACUGGGGCUCACGUUUCCCAAGACGGGCUCGAGUCGCCGCUACGGGAACGUGCCCUACCUGUAUCACAACACGGCCCUCGUGAGCCGCGCGGAGGAGAGCGUCUUCACCGCCGGAGGAAUCGAGAUCUCGGCGCCUGGCCACCUGGACACGCCCACAAACUCACAGACAGUAGAUAAGGACACGCCCACAAACUCACAGACAAUCGAUAAAGGCACGCCCACAAACUCACAGAAAGUAGAUAAGGACACGCCCACAAACUCACAGAAAGUAGAUAAGGACACGCCCACAAACUCCCAGACAGUAUAUAAGGACACGCCCACAAACUCCCAGACAGUAUAUAAGGACACGCCCACAAACUCACAGACAGUAGAUAAGGACCCGCCCACAAACUCACAGACAGAUGAAGAGGACCCGCCCACAAACUCACAGACAGAUGAAGAGGACACGCCCAGUUCUCCACUUGUCAAUCAAGAGUCAGGAAGUGAAGAGGAGCUGUCCGACCCUGAUGAUGACGAUGACCGCUGUGAGGAGUGGGAGCGUCACGAGGCCCUCCACGAGGACGUCACCAGUCAGGAGCGCACUAAAGAGAGGCUGUUUGAGGAGGAGAUCGAGCUCAAGUGGGAGAAGGGCGGAUCGGGCCUCGUCUUCUACACAGACGCUCAGUUCUGGCACGAGGAGGAGGAAGGAGAUUUCGACGAGCAAACAGCAGACGACUGGGACGUGGAUAUGAGCGUCUACUAUGACAAAGACGGAGGCGAUAUGGACGCCAGAGAUUAUGUGCGCAUGCGCUCUGAGAGGAGGCUGCGGGACGGUCUGGACGGUCUGCCGGGACGCCAGCAGAAAAUCGGCAGCUUUGAGCGCUUUACAAAGGGAGUGGGCCGGCGUGUGAUGGAGAAGCAGGGCUGGAGGGACGGAGAAGGGCUCGGGAACAGCCGGAUGGGAAUCCCAGAGGCGCUGUUGAACGAAGGCCAGCAUCCCAACUGUAAGAGAGGCUUCGGGUAUCAUGGAGAAAAGCUCAGCUCAUUCCUUCCACUAAAAAAACCCAGAAAAGACUUCCACAUCUCCACAGUUUAUGAUGAACCUAAAGACAUGGAUAAAGGCGAUGAAGUGCUGCGGCGUCAACCCAGCACCAGCAUGAAGUACCGCUGAUCACCAGUGAUGUUCACUAUUAAGACUGUCUGUCUGCUGAAAACAAUGACUGUUUUUACACAGAGCUGUACUUUAUUUUCUGUAACUUUU